ACGGGCGGAGACUACCCUCUCCCUGUCUUCCGCUCUGCGGCGGCGAAUCGAUCUCUGCGAGGUGUUCUCGAUGGUCGUUUCCGCGAUCUGAAACUGAUCUGGUUGUGCCGGCUGACAGAUCCUCGUUUCUUCGCUCAAUUUUUUGGUCGCGCGAUGACCCAUUCUGGGCGAUCGGACGGACCGUCCCUUCGAUCGCCGUCGGCGGAUCUGGAACCUUGGCGAUGCCCUCGAUCGAUUCUCUAGUUAUGCCUGUAGUUGGCCUUCUGAUGUCGAAGCUUGUUCUUGGAUCUGGAGAUCUGGGGUUCCUUAUUACUAGCUUAGAUACAUGAUACCAUUUUUUUCGUGGGGAUUUAGGCAAGGAGCGGAUGAUGCGCUGAAAAUGAUUGUGACCAAUUGAGAUUAGUUGGCCAUUAUCCAAUGAGCAGUGUUGAAUUGACUCAAGCAUUCAUGUCAUCCCAUAUUCCAACAUUGUCUGAAAAGCAUGAAAGUGGAAUAACAAAAUCCUUGUUCCGUACAUUGUCUGAAAAUGAUCUCUGUAUAAUUGCGUGACUGCUGAUAGUCAAGGUACUCAUGCAAGGAACCCUCAGAGGAAUGGAACUACAACUUGGCAAGAUGGGAACCAUGAGUGCCACUCUAAAUUAUCUAUUACAGAUUUUAGGAUCUUUUAGUCCGGAUUGUGGUUCUUUGCACAAGUAUUUAUUGGAUUGCUUACUUUUAACAAAUAAUCGGAGCUUAUUGGGGGAGGAGAAGGAUAUGUUUGACAAAGAUGUGAAUGUUGAUAGCUUGAAUAUUAGAGGCUUAAAAGGUAAAAGGCUUACGGUGAAGAUUCAAACUGGAGAUAGUCGUACUGAUCAAAGAUCGAAUGAUAGUUUUUUUCCUGGACUCUAUGAUGAUGUUGCACUAGUUUGUUUGGCCUUCAUAUGUAGGUCUGAUUACCCUUCACUUGCCUGUCUGAAUAGAAGGUUUAACUCACUGAUUCGUAGUGGUUGUCUUUAUAAAUUAAGGAGACAGCACGGUGUUAUGGAACACUGGGUUUACCUGGCAUGUAGUUUGAUGCCUUGGGAAGCAUUUGAUCCUUUCAGGCGCAGAUGGAUGAGGUUGCCAAGGAUGCCAUGUGACGAUUGCUUCUCUUGUGCAGAUAAGGAAUCUCUAGCUGUGGGAACCCAGCUACUUGUUUUUGGCCGUGAAGUAAUAGGCUUCGUUAUUUGGGUGUACAGUUUGAUAAGGCGUGACUGGUCUAGAUGCAAACCUAUGAACUUACCUCGUUGCCUUUUUGGAUCUGGAAGCUCUGGGGAAAUCGCUAUUGUUGCUGGCGGAAGUGAUUCGCUUGGACGCACUUCAAAGUGUGUGGAGAUGUACAAUUCGGAGACUGGUGCUUGGGAGACUCUACCAGAUAUGAAUGUCCCAAGGAGAUUAUGUUCUGGCUUCUUUAUGGAUGGAAAAUUUUAUGUUAUAGGGGGCAUGUCAAACCAUACAGAUUCUUUAACCUGUGGUGAGGAAUAUAAUCUUCAAACAAGGACAUGGCGAAGAAUUAGGGACAUGUAUCCUGGUGGUAAUCGAGCUACUCAAUCCCCUCCUCUUGUUGCUGUUGUAAAUAAUCAGCUUUAUGCUGCAGAUCAAUCUACAAAUGAGGUAAAGAAGUACGACAAGGCAAAUAACACCUGGAACGUUGUAAGGCGAUUGCCUGUGAGAGCCGACUACUCAAAUGGUUGGGGCCUUGCUUUCAAAGCAUGUGACGAUAAACUGUUAGUGAUUGGUGGCCAUAGAGGACCUCAAGGUGAAGUAAUUAUUCUGCACUAUUGGCGUCCUGAAGAUGGAAAUGCAAGUGGAACAGAGUGGGCUGUGCUUUCUAUUCGAGAAAGAGCUGGCGCUUUUGUCUACAAUUGUGCAAUAAUGGGUUGCUAAUUCAGAUAUCAAUUUGAUAUUAUUCAUGGAUUACUAAGAGUUGGGCAUAUUCAAUUCAUGGAACCACUUAUUUGGCUGGGUAAUUUUUUAUUUUCUUUUUUUUUGCUUCCAAGUACCUCUACAUGAUAAUUUGUAGUCAGGCGAUUUAUGCUACUUUGUGCUCUUGCAAUUUAAGGUCUCUAGACACAAAGUAACCAUUGAAUUAAUCUGGAUGCUUCUUUUUUCUUACUCUAAA